CCAGAGACUGUUUCUACUGAUAUUGCUUCAAUUCAGCGGUGGGAUGCGAAUCUCAGUGGACAACGAUUUUACGUUUCCGGUUCACAACUUCAGGAGUAUCUUUUGACACUCCGGAUCCUGGGCAUUUUCUCGGUUUUAUAGUCUUCGUGUCUUCUAUCCCCUCCCAUUUCUCAAGAACCAUUGGAAGGGAAAGAAAGUAUCCCGCCCCCAAUCUUUAUUCACCAAUCGGUUUGCCAAAGAGGAGAGGAGAGGUCGUCUAAGACGAAGUUGGGAUCGGUUAGGAUGCAUCAGUCGUGUGAGAGAGACAGUUGUUUACCUAGCUAGCUGUCAAUAUUUGGCCAGCUAGAGCUAGCGAUAAUAACAACACAUCAGAAAUGGAUGGAUUGCAACCUCAGGGGGAUCUCUUGAAAAUGACUCACAGAGAAAACUGGAAAAUACAGCAUGAGCGUCUCCACGUGAAGCACCGGGGACAUGAGGCCAUGCAUGCAGAGAUGGUCCUCAUCCUCAUCGCUACGCUGGUGGUCGCCCAGAUCCUGUUGGUACAGUGGAAGCAGCGGCACAACCGGUCCUACAACCUGGUGACUCUGGUCCAGAUGUGGGUGGUGCCUCUGUACUUCACGGUGAAGCUUUACUGGUGGAGGUUCCUGUCCAUGUGGGGGGUGUUCUCCGUCAUCACCAGCUACGUGAUCUUCAGAGCCACACGCAAACCGCUGUCCUGUAGGACGCCACGGAUGGUGUACAAGUGGUUUCUCCUUACCUAUAAGCUGAGUUAUGCUGCAGGAGUUAUUGGUUACCUGGCCAUCAUGUUCACUAUGUUUGGCUUCAACGUCUUCUUCAGGAUAAAAGCGGAGGACUCUAUGGACGUGGGCGUGGUCAUGCUGUUCUACGGCCUUUACUAUGGAGUCAUGGGCAGAGACUUUGCUGAGAUCUGCUCUGAUUACAUGGCCUCAACCAUAGGGUACUAUAACAUGGGAGGCAUGCCGUCCAGGAGCCUGACGGAUGAUAUCUGUGCUGUGUGUGGCCAGAAGAUCCUGGUAGAUGUGGAUGAAGAGGGAAUCAUAGAAGACACCUACCAGCUCUCCUGCAACCACAUAUUCCAUGAGUUCUGUAUCCGCGGCUGGUGCAUUGUGGGUAAGAAGCAGACGUGUCCAUACUGCAACGAGAAGGUUGACCUGAAGAGGAUGAUGAACAAUCCAUGGGAGAGAACACACGUGCUGUACGGGCAGCUUCUGGAUUGGCUGAGAUACCUCGUUGCCUGGCAACCCAUCAUCAUUGGAAUCGUCCACGGAAUCAACUUUUCCCUCGGGCUGGAGUAGUGGAAGAGCAGAACUCUGGGAAUGUUUACCUGCAGAAUUCCCACUCCAAACUUUGGAAUAUGCUUUUAUUUAUUUUAUUGGGAAACGCCAAAGCGCCAUAUUUAUUUAUGAUCUGUCCAGUCAGUGCGUGUUACAUUGUAUCCGUCCAAAAUGGCACCCUAUCCACUGCACGAGUGUACUUUUGGUCAGACGACGUGUACAAAUAAAGGACAUAGGUUUCUUUUUGGGACACAACG